AUGUCCACCGGAGCCGAAACGCUUCAGCAAUUCUUUCCCGCGACAUCCCGGCCGCUGAUAUGCAAUGCACCGAUGGCGGGCGCAACAAACGCCAGAAUGGCAGUGGCAGUAGCCAAAGCCGGGGGACUAGGCCUUAUUGGCGGCGGAGCCGACUUCACUGCGUCAUCCCCGGAGUUGGCAAAUCUCCGGCGACAAUUGAUCUCCGCCAGGCAGCUCCUUGGCAUUGUUGACUCGAAUGCGCCGCUACCCAUUGGAGUCGGCUGUCUCACGAUGAAGUCCGACACUUGGAAGGAUAACUUUGUCCAGCUUGUCAAUGAACAUCGGCCAGUGGCAGUGUGGCUGUUUGCAUGCACCCGCCGAUCGCAGCACACGGAACUAAUUCAGGCAUUGCAGAAAACAGGCAGAGACUGGGGACUGAAAGUGAUCGUUCAGAUUGGCACGGUGGAAAGUGCGAAGGAAGCAAUCGAUGAUGGGGCCGAUAUUCUCUCUGUUCAAGGAUCCGAUGCCGGCGGCCAUCAAUUUAAGCAGGGGGCUAGUCUGAUGACCUUGCUUCCGGAUGUAUCGGAUAUGGUAAGGAGAGAAUAUCCAGCGAAGAACAUUCCAUUGCUGGCAGCUGGAGGAAUAAUGGAUGGCAGAGGAGUCGCAGCUGCCUUGAUGUUAGGCGCAAGUGGAAUCGUGAUGGGAACAAGAUUUUUAUGUACCACGGAAUGCCCUGCCUCGGACCAGGUCAAGGCCACUUUGAUUACCACUCAGGAUGGCGCUUCCUCCACUUUGAAAUCCCGCGUGCACGACGAGAUUCAAGGAAGGGCUGAAUUUUGGCCAAGCCAAUAUUCGGGGCGCGCGAUUGUGUCAGACGUCCAUCGGAAAUGGGAUGCGGAGUCGGGCAAGCACAAGGGUCCAGAUAUGGUCAGAGCACCCCUGGCUAUCGUUUGGGCCGGCGCCGGAGUGGGACAGAUUGAGUCCGUCGUGGAUGCUGGCACUGUCGUGACUGAUACACAGGCACAGGCCAGGCAGUUGAUUCAAGCAUUUAACACUUGA